ACUUUUCUUUUUCGGCGAGAAACGCUCUUUUGCCCAAGUGACUGUUUUAGAGACACGUGCAUUCCCUAAAAAAUAAUGGAUAAACCAGUUGUUUUAGCGCGUGUUAUUAAAGUUUUGGGCCGCACUGGAUCACAGGGCCAGUGUACCCAAGUCAAAGUUGAAUUUUUAGGCGAACAAAAUCGUCAAAUUAUCAGAAAUGUAAAAGGACCAGUAAGAGAAGGUGAUCUCUUAACCCUCCUCGAAUCUGAACGUGAAGCAAGAAGACUUCGAUGAGUUUUACAUUUUAAAAAACUACUAUUCCAAAAUACAAAAAAAUGGUUACCAGUAUCUUUGUAAAAAUGGAAGAACAUCAACACCUGUGUGGGGAAUUUGCCGAUGAUGUCCUUAUUUUCAACGACUAUUUAUAAAUGAUUUUAUAUACUCCAUCAAGUUAAAAAUAUACUUCUGGUAACCAAACAA